AGCCGUAAGACUUCGUGUUCAUGUUUACCGCGUCCCAUUCAAUUUGAAAGAUAAACGCUCUCCCGCUCCUCUUCGGAAUAUUGUGACGUUAUGACCUUUCAUCCAAAGUCCAUAGUCCAGGAUUUCUUUCUGCAGGAAAAAUAUGGGAGACAAAAAGAUACUCAGCAUUGGUUUGGUGUGUCUGGAUAUCAUAAAUGUUGUGGAUAAAUACCCGGAAGAAGAUACUGAUACCAGGUGUUUGUCUCAGAGAUGGCAGAGGGGAGGAAACGCAUCAAACACGUGCACUGUUUUGUCUCUACUUGGGGCCCCUUGUGCAUUUAUGGGAUCUUUGGCUCCUGGACCAGUAGCUGACUUCAUCUUAAAUGAUUUUCAAAUGUACAAGAUUGACAUCUCUCUUCUUCUCGAGCAUGCCGAAUGCUCUUUUCCAGCCUCUGUAGUAAUCAGCAGUGUGACGACAGGAAGCCGUACAAUUCUGCAUAUGAACAGAAACUUGCCAGAUGUUUCUGUAGAAGACUUUUCAAAGGUGGACCUGAGCCAGUACAAGUGGGUCCACUGGGAGGGCCGUAAUGCUGACGAACAAGUGAAGAUGAUCGAGAGGGUGAGAGAGUAUAACAGCAAACAGGAAGGGAAGAACAGAAUAACCAUCUCUGUGGAAAUCGAGAAGACCAGGGAACCACUCUACCAGCUUUUCCCUCUUGGUGAUUUGGUCUUUGUAAGUAAGGAUGUGGCACAGCACUUUGGGUUUGACUCAGCCUCUGCUGCAUUAAAGGGUUUCAGCAGUCGUCUGAGGAAGGGAGCUACCCUAAUUUGUGCCUGGGCGGAAAAGGGAGCGGAUGCCAUGGGUCCCGACGGCGUAGUCAUCCAUUCAGAUGCAUUCCCACCUGAGAAGCUUGUGGACACACUUGGAGCAGGGGACACGUUCAAUGCUUCUGUGAUCUAUUCCCUUUCGAACGGGGGCAGCCUACAGGAUGCUCUCACAUUUGGCUGCCAGAUUGCAGGCAAAAAAUGCGGUGUCCAUGGAUAUGAUGGAAUUUUACACUGAACAUGGCGGAAAGGUGCACAGCUGGAAUGUAGUACAGACGUGAAGCGUGCUCUGCUGAAACUUACCUAGUGUUGUAAGCCACUAGUCCUUGUCAAGGCAUGAUGAUAGUACUGAAUAGUGUUGCUUCACAUAGAAAAGACUAAUGUAAAUGCAAAGGAUAAGACUAAUAAUGUUGCUAUAGUGUACUGAUUCCUCUGUAUUAGCAUGAUUAAAUAAAUUGAAGGAGUUUUAAACUUG